CAGGCUCAAGCCUCUCUCCUCCUCCUCCUCCUUUCUCCACACCCCCUACACCCCCACAACUUUGGCCGGCCGCCGGGCGACACCACGAGUUAUUUCCCUGCUAUUUCCCAGCCCCGGAGCUCUUGGCCCCUGAACAACUGGUUUCCUCUAGGAGUUUGGGAGGAGCGCUGUGGAGCCGGCAAGGAGCAACCAGAAGCUGGAAUCAGUCAGCAAGGGCAGGGGCUGCCUGGUUGGGCCCACAGACUACAAGAGGAUCCUGGCGUCUGGACCUCCGGGGUCACCACCAUGAGACCACUUCUUGCCCUGCUGCUUCUGGGGUUGGUGUCAGGCUCUCCUCCACUAGAUGACAACAAGAUCCCCAGCCUGUGUCCCGGGCAGCCCGGCCUUCCAGGCACACCAGGCCACCAUGGCAGCCAAGGCCUGCCUGGCCGCGACGGUCGUGAUGGCCGCGACGGUGCGCCCGGAGCUCCGGGCGAGAAAGGCGAGGGCGGGAGGCCGGGACUGCCUGGGCCGCGUGGGGAGCCCGGGCCGCGUGGAGAGGCAGGUCCCGUGGGGGCUACCGGACCUGCCGGGGAGUGCUCGGUGCCCCCGCGAUCAGCCUUCAGUGCCAAGCGAUCCGAGAGUCGAGUGCCUCCGCCAGCCGACGCACCCCUACCCUUCGACCGCGUGAUGUUGAAUGAGCAGGGACAUUACGAUGCCACUACGGGCAAGUUCACCUGCCAAGUGCCUGGUGUCUACUACUUCGCCGUCCACGCCACUGUCUACCGAGCCAGCUUGCAGUUCGAUCUUGUCAAAAAUGGCGAGUCCAUCGCCUCUUUCUUCCAGUUUUUCGGGGGGUGGCCCAAGCCAGCCUCACUUUCAGGGGGUGCUAUGGUAAGGCUGGAACCUGAGGACCAGGUGUGGGUGCAGGUGGGCGUGGGUGAUUACAUUGGCAUCUAUGCCAGUAUCAAGACCGACAGCACCUUCUCCGGAUUUCUCGUCUAUUCUGACUGGCACAGCUCCCCAGUCUUCGCCUAACGUGUGGUGAACCGGGAGCUGGCACUUGCUCCUAGAGGAGGGUGUGACAUUGAAAGGCGCAUACCAGGAGGGCUGGCCCCCUGGAAUAUUGUGAAUGAUUAGGGAAGAGAGGGAGCCACCCUCCUGUCCCACGGCUGGCAAGGAAUGGAGACAGAGGCUGUCUGAGGUCAAGACAGGCAGCAUGGAACAGUGGCUGGGUUUCUGCCCAGGACUUUAUAGAGUGUGCUGUGCUGGCAACUGUGGGUUCCUGGUUGCCCCCGGUCCGGGAUUUUAAAGUGGGAUGCUCCUUCCUAGUCCUGUGCCCCUCUAGGUCCUUGACUCCAUCUCUCCUGCUCCUAGGGCGGGCCUUUUUCUCAGAGGUCACUCAAUAAAUCUCAAAAACCUC